AUGGAUCCGAAGUUGUUGUUUUGUUUACCUCAAGGAGAUGAAUUAUUUAAUCCCCUUAAUACCAUGUUUAUACAAAUGGCUUGUAUUCUCGUCUUCUCACAAUUGUUCUAUCUCCUUCUUAAACCUUGUGGUCAAGCUGGUCCCGUAGCACAAAUCCUUGUAAGCAAAAUUUCUUCCUUGCGUUACACGAAACAUCGAAUCCCUACAGUUAAAGACUUCUUCCUUCAGAAAAAUGCAGCAGAUUAUUACUCUUUCUUCUCAUUUGCUUUACGAACAUCUUUCAUGUUCUUGAUCGGUCUUGAAGUCGAUCUACACUUUAUGAGAAGAAAUUUCAAGAAAGCCGCCACGAUAGCGAUUAGCUCAUUUGUGGCUUGUGGUCUACUUAGCCUUGCCUUCUUAUGGUUACUCAUCCCUUUGUUUCAGGUCAAAGACGACCACUUGACGUUUUUCUUGGUUCUUCUCGUUACCUUGUCUAACACGGCAUCUCCUGUUGUAGUCCGAUCAAUCGCGGAUUGGAAACUCAACACCUCUGAGAUCGGACGUUUGACAAUCUCAUGUGCAUUGCUCAUCGAAUUAACAAACGUUGUUCUCUACACCGUAGUCAUCGCGUUCGUCUCUGGAUCGAUGAUAGGUGAUCUCUUCCUAUUUAUUUUCGGGACCGGAGUCUUAAUCUUGCUCAAUAGGUUUCUAGCUCCAUGGCUACCAAAGAGGAACCCUAAAGAGAAAUACCUCUCCAAGGCUGAAACUUUAGUGUUCUUCAUCCUCCUUCUCAUCCUCGCUAUAACAAUCGAAUCCUACGAUGUUAAUUCCUCGGUUUCGGUUUUCACCAUUGGCAUAAUGUUUCCACGACAAGGGAAAACUCACAGAACGUUGAUUCAGCGGCUUAGUUACCCGAUCCACGAGUUUGUUCUUCCGGUUUACUUUGGUUACAUCGGAUUUAGAUUCAGCAUCAUCGCGUUAACCAAACGCUUCUACCUCGGUCUCAUUAUUGUAGUGAUUUUAACGAUGUUAGGGAAAUUUCUUGGUGUAAUAAGCGCUUGUUUAUACCUAAAGAUCCCCAAGAAAUAUUGGCUUUUCUUACCAACCAUUCUCUCUGUUAAAGGCCAUGUUGGUCUUCUUCUUCUCGACGCAAACUUCUCUGAAAAGAAAUGGUGGACAACAACUAUUCAUGAUAUGAUGGUGGCAGCUUUGGUGAUUACAACGCUAGUAAGUGGUAUUCUUGCGUCUUUCAUUCUUAAAGCAAGAGAGAAAGACUUUGCUCACGAUAAAACUUCGCUUGAAUCUCACGACACGAACGAUGAAUUACGCAUUUUAUCCUGCGUUUACGGAGUCCGCCACGCUCGUGGUGCGAUCUCUCUUGUCUCGGCCUUGAGCGGUUCUCGUGGAGCCUCUAAACCGUUCACGCCUCUGCUUAUGCACCUCGUACCGCUCCCGAAGAAACGAAAAUCGGAAUUGUUGUAUCACGAGCACGACGAAGAUGGAGGAAAUGUUCAUGGAGAUGACGAAUUCGGGACCAAUGAAGGUUUAGAAAUCAAUGAUUCUAUUGAUUCGUUUGCUAAAGACAGUAAAAUCUUGAUCCAUCAAGUGAAACUCGUGACGCAAAUGCUUAAUAUGCACGAAGAAAUCUGUAACGCAACCGAAGAUCUUCGCGUUUCGAUUGUAUUUCUUCCGUUCCAUAAACAUCAAAGGAUCGAUGGUAAGACUACAAACGAUGGGGAAACUUUCCGACAGAUGAACCGGAAUGUUCUAAGGCACGCUCCGUGUUCGAUUGGUAUCUUCGUGGACCGAAACAUAACCGGAUUUCAACAGCCGCACGGGUUUGAAUCGGUACAACACGUCGCGGCAUUGUUCUUCGGUGGUCCUGAUGACCGUGAGGCUCUCGCUCUGUGCAAAUGGCUCGCGAACAACACUUUGAUUCAUCUCACCAUCAUACAAUUCAUCUCCGAGGAUUCAAAGGCAGAGACUCCGGUUGGGAACGCGAUGACUCGAGAGAAUAACGAGGUCUUUUUGGAAGUUCUUGGAAGAGAUCAAACUGAACAAGAAACUGAUCGAAGCUUCUUAGAAGAAUUUUAUAACAGAUUUGUGACGACGGGACAAGUAGGGUUCAUAGAGAAGCGUGUGAGCAACGGACCACAUACGUUGACGAUUCUAAGAGAGAUUGGAGAGAUGUAUUCACUGUUUGUGGUCGGAAAGAGCAGAGGAGAUUGUCCUAUGACGGUGAGAAUGAAAGAUUGGGAAGAAUGUCCGGAGCUUGGAACUGUCGGUGAUUUCUUGGCUUCGUCUUUAGAUGUAAAUGCGUCUGUAUUAGUAGUUCAAAGACAGAGACAUUCACAUGAUAGCUUUGUAGAUGAUUAG